AUGAUUAGUGGGGUUUUAGCUUCAGCUUCCCCACAAGCUGUUUCUUCUCUGCUGUCUAAACCCAGAACCAGCUGCUGUUGCUAUGCAUCCAGCUCUGUUAGUGGUCACAAGCCAUGCUCAUCAGAUCUCAAGCUCCAAAGUUUUGGCUUUUUUGGAACGAAGGGGUCUCAGAGAAGCAGAGUGCAGACCAAUAGUAGCACCGGACCUGGUGGACCUGGCUCUGGUGAUGGUGAUAGCAGGAGUGUUCUGGAUGCCUUCUUCUUGGGGAAAGCUCUAGCAGAAGCCAUAAAUGAGCGUAUUGAGUCCAGUGUUGGUGAGUUUUUGAGCACAAUUGGUAGGCUGCAAGCUGAGCAACAAAAGCAAGUAGAAGAGUUCCAGGAAGAUGUACUGGAAAGAGCCAAAAGAGCCAAAGAGAAAGCAGCGCGCGAGGCCGCGGAGGUGGGACUAGCAAAACCACCUAGAGCGGAAUAUAUAACACCAGUCACAAUCACCAAUGGCGUUACUCAAGUAACUUCAACAACCACGACCAGUAAUGUCACUCCUGUGAAUCAACCCUCAUUGUCUGAGCCAGCUUCCCCAGCAACUGCGAAUGAACCUGGUCCUGCCGACGAAGACACAAUUUUUGGGGUGCCAAUUGAAGAAUGA